CCCAAGAAUUUGUGGCUCAGAGAGACAUGGUUAAACCUGAACCGUGUGAUGACACGUACAGACCAACAAACAUGUGAAAAUGAAGAAAAGAAAGAAGAUGAUAUUUCAGGAGAAUUAAAAGGUCCAGCAACAUCAGAGUCAAAGGAGACAAGUCCAAUGCCUAAAGAAACCAAUACAACUUCUUCAGCUCCUAUACCUAAAGAAAAUCCGAAUGAAAUCAUACAGCCUUUAGAUAAACCACAGACGAUGCCCACUGUUACCUCGACCACUGUAACCAUAGAAACUCGGGAGACUUUAAAGAAAGUACCGCAGCCAAUAAUCUCAUCUACAACAAACAGAAUUAGUUUGAAAGGGGACGCCUCAAAAGAAGAACCAUAUCUUAAGACUUCUUCUACAACAAAUGAAAUUAGUUUUAUAAAACAAGACGCUAUGAAAGAAGUAACACAGCCAACAACCUCUCCUACAACAAAAGAAAUGAGUUUUGUAAAAAAAAACGUAUCACAGCCAAUGAUCUCUCCUACCACAACUGAAACUAGUUCUAUAAAACAGGAAGCUCCAAAAGAAGUAUCGCAGCCAAUGAUCUCUCCUAUAACAACUAAAACUAGUUUUGUAAAACAGGAAGCUCCAAAAGAAGUACCACAACCAACGGUCUCUCCUACAACAACUGAAACUUGUUUUGUGAAACAGGAAGCUUCAAAAGAAGCACUAAAGCUAACGACUUCUCCAACAACAACUGAAACUAGUUUAGUAAAACAGGAAGCUCCAAAAGAAGUAUCGCAGCCAAUGAUCUCUCCUAUAACAACUAAAACUAGUUUUGUAAAACAGGAAGAUCCAAAAGAAGGACCACAACCAACGGUCUCUCCUACAACAACUGAAACUUGUUUUGUAAAACAGGAAGCUCCAAAAGAAGGACCACAACCAACGGUCUCUCCUACAACAACUGAAACUAGUUUUGUAAAACAGGAAGCUUCAAAAGAAGCACUAAAGCUAACGACUUCUCCAACAACAACUGAAACUAGUUUAGUAAAACAGGAAGCUUCAAAAGAAGUAUCACAGCCAAUGAUCUCUCCUACCACAAUUGAAACUAGUUCUGUAAAACAGGAAGCUUCAAAAGAAGGACCACGACCAACGGUCUCUCCUACAACAACUGAAACUUGUUUUGUAAAACAGGAAGCUUCAGUAGAAGCACUAAAGCUAACGACUUCUCCAACAACAACUGAAACUAGUUUAGUAAAACAGGAAGCUCCAAAAGAAGUAUCGCAGCCAAUGAUCUCUCCUAUAACAACGAAAACUAGUUUUGUAAAACAGGAAUCUCCAAAAGAAGGACCACAACCAACGGUCUCUCCUACAACAAUUGAAACUGGUUUUGUAAAACAGGAAGCUCCAAAAGAAGGACCACAACCAACGGUCUCUCCUACAACAACUGAAACUUGUUUAGUAAAACAGGAAGCUCCAAAAGAAGGACCACAACCAACGGUCUCUCCUACAACAACUGAAACUUGUUUAGUAAAACAGGAAGCUCCAAAAAAAGGACCACAGUCAACGACCUAUCCUACAACAACUGAUAUUAGUGCAACGCACACUACGAUAGAAGAAAAUGCGGCGGUGAAAAUACAGUCGGCUUUUCGCGGAUUUAUGACUAGGAAACACUACGCAGCUACUUUAGCAGAAGACGGAUAUUUGAUUUAUCCGCAGAUGAAACGGGAUAACGAAAAUACAACAGAAUAUGAAUUACAAAAAAUUACACGGACAUCUACGGAAGAAAAUGUACAAGAAUCGGAAGAGAAUAAUUUCGUGGAUCAAAAAGAAUGUGUAGAUGAAGAAUUGAAUUUAGAGAAGGCCAAUGAAGAAGAACCGUCAACAGAAAAAUGUCAACAAAUUGGUUUUGAAGGAAAUAUUAAGAAGAAUCCAGAACAAGCUGAAUAUGAUAAUCAAUUAAAGAUAGAGGCUGAUAAGAAAGAGUUUUAUCAACCUGAGGAAAAAAAAGAAGCUGCUGCUACGAGAAUUCAAGCUGUGUUUCGUGGUUACCAAGUUCGUAGAGAAAUAAAGCAUGACAACCUCCAUAUUAAGUCUGAGAGUACCAAAGAGGGUGAAGAACAAGGAGAAAAUGGAUCAUAUAGUCAGCUGCAAAAUGAAGCGAAAACUAUAAACCAAACAAGCGUUGGAGAUGAGAAUGAAAAGGGUUAUUUAGAACUUCAACAACACAAAGAUUUGCAGGAAGAAGGUGAGCAUAGAAAAAACCCACAAGAACCUUUAAUUAGUCUGGAAAAUAAAAACUCUGAAUGUUUGAAGAAAGAAAAUAUAGAUGUAGAUCAUGGUUCGGUGGCAGGGUUAUUCAGAGCUGAACCAAUUAGAAUAUUAAAUUUUGAUGACUCAUUUAGACUGAUAUAUCCUAAAGACGGUGAUAAUAAAGGAGAAAUUAGCCAGAAACGUCAAGAACAAUCAAGUUUUUCAGUAGACAACAGAAGAAGAUCCGCGCCUGUUUUUGGUACACCGAAAUUUGAAGAAAAUAUCAAUUUUCAAGCAUAUUCACAAAAGACCCAAGAAAAGGCAGAAAUCCCAUUUACUUUUCAAGAAGAAUGUACUUUGUUGGAGGAUCAUUGUACUAUGAGUUCUCAGAAAGAAAUAUCCAAAGCGCCUAUUAUAUUAGAUACCCAAGAAGAAGAAGCUGAUGUGUCCCUUUCUGAUGGCAGCACCUUUAAACAAAGGCUGAACCAACCACAAGUAAUAGAUGUUAGAACAUCUGACCAACAGUCUUGCGUAGAACCUUUCAAUAUAACAGAUGUGUCACAUUCAGAUGUUCUUCUACAAAACCCAGAAGAUUUGUUAAUGUUUCAGAAAACGCAGACAUCCUGUGCUGAACCAAGUCAAGAGUCUUUGUUCCAAGGAAAUACGUCGUCUUUUAUAUCUGAAAAAAGUAGCGAGAAUGACUUUUUAACUUUUGAUGAAGAAGUAGCAGCACCAAAGGAUUCUUGGAUUUUGGAUGAGAAAAAGGACAGUGCUUUCUUAAAAAUCCCAGCUGACCUUAUCAAUUUACUAGAUGAUUCAUUAGACGUUCAAAGCAAACCAGAAACGCAGAGACUCACGAAAAAACCUGAAGAAUCAAUGGGAUUGUUUUUUGAAGAUUGUCUUGAUUCUUCUUGCACGACACAAUCAGAUGAAAGUAAUCCAAUGUUAAACACUAAUGUUACUAAAGAUCUAAAUUUUCUAGAAAUACCAAAGCCAACUAUUAACUCAAACAGUCAACAGGAGGACACUCUUAUUCAGUUAGAAGAAACUAAUAUGAAAGGUAUUUCUUACAGCCGAAAAGAUACAUUUUGGCCUUCGGCUUACGAAACUGAUAAGAAAGAGUUGAGGACUUCAGCUCAAGUUAUUGGUGAUCGUAGUACACUUCUUUAUUGUCAAAAUACUCUAAACAAUUCGGAUAUUUUAAAAGACGUCCAACAGUUUACAGGAGAAAUUGAAAUUUCUGAUGGAAUAAAAAAAGAUGAGUUAGAUUCGCUGAAAUUCCAGAUACAGAAUGAAGAUACACUAAUUGAACGUCCACAAAUUGAAUCAGUACCUGAAACUACUUUAGUAACAAAAACAAAUAGUGAACAAAUAACUGAAUCUUCUGUAGUGGCCGAAUCUACAAGCGAACACUUACGAGAAGACACUUUGGUACCUGAACCACCUGGUACAUCUUUGCAGAAGGACACUUUGGUACCGGAACUACCUGAUACAUCUUUGCAGAAGGACACUUUGGUACCGGAACCACCUGGUACAUCUGUGCAGAAGGACACUUUGGUACCGAAAUUACCUGGUACAUCUUUGCAGAAGGACACUUUGGUACCGGAACUACCUGAUACAUCUUUGCAGAAGGACACUUUGGUACCGGAACUACCUGGUACAUCUUUGCAGAAGGACACUUUGGUACCGAAAUUACCUGGUACAUCUUUGCAGAAGGACACUUUGGUACCGGAACUACCUGAUACAUCUUUGCAGAAGGACACUUUGGUACCGGAACUACCUGAUACAUCUUUGCAGAAGGACACUUUGGUACCGGAACUACCUGGUACAUAUUUGCAGAAGGACACUUUGGUACCGGAACCACCUGGUACAUCUGUGCAGAAGGACACUUUGGUACCGGAACCACCUGGUACAUCUUUGCAGAAGGACAAUCCUGAAAGCAAAAAAUUUGAUCAACCAACCAUACUCGCCAUCUCUCAUUGUGAUCAACAAUAUCCAGAACAAUCAAAUAUUGUUGCAAAAGCAAUUGUUUCAGAGGAAUUAAAACUUGAAUCUGGUGUUGAAAGCUGGGUGAAGAAAUAACUGUUCACGUAAAUGAACGAAUGUUUUGAAGAUAUUAUGCGUUUGUGUAUUCUCUUCCAUGAACUAAAACUUUGAUUGAACUACACAUUUUCAUGAGUUAAACCUUAACACCUUUUUGAAUAUUAGAUUAUUUAAAUGAUUAUUGAAAAUUAAUGUUGA